AUGGUGAAUGCUGAGACUCUUGUUAUGUAUACUUUCAUAGAAAUACUUUUAAGCCUAGGAGUGCUAGGCACUCUUGUCACGGUGAUAUCAGCCUGUGUUUGCGGCUGCAAAAACUCCAAUCAAAAAAGUGAGUUGGUUGGUACGGCAGGAGUGGUGAAAAUCCAUUUGGAUGAAGAAGCUCCAUCACCAACGCCAACCACUCCAGCAUCUAUUAAGCGAGCAUCAACUCAAAAUAGUCAGCGAAGCCUACCAGAAAUUCCACAUCCUGUUGGCAGACAUGACAGUGGCGAUACUGCUUCAGAAAUCUACGCAACAGUUAACUUGGAUGAGGGGAGCAAGGCCGCGGCCGCGACGACGUCUGGUCGAGACCAUCCUUACGAACACGCUUACGCGAAACUACAGAAUGAGAGCCACAACGUAACUGUGGAAAUAACAACAGACCAAGACUCAGAAGUUGAUAUUAUACAAAUCGACGAGAGAGAGGCGACGCCGUCCGCGGCAGAAUCCGUUCCGAUAUCCGCGUCUAUAGCAAUAAGUGGUCAACUGCCAUCAAGUCAAGAGUUGCCAUAUAUAACACCUCCAUCGCCACGGCCUAAUCCAGAUAUCACACACUUUAGCGGUGACUCCACAGAUUCUGCAAAGGGUUACACCAGCAUAUCAGUUCGAGAGCCUCUUAGUAACAUCAGGGCACAGAGUAUCAAACCACCUUCUCAACCUCACUAUGCCACCGUUUCUGAUGAUUCCGACGAGAUGUACGCUGCAAUCGAAGAAGCCAGUAUGGGCGAAGGGUCAGACACCUACGCUCAAAUCCCCGACCCCCGUACAAGACGAACUCCUGUAAACCCUCCAGUCAGCACAACGCAUGCUCCUACUGCCAAUCCAACACACUUGGUCCCUGUUACUACAUCAGCGAAUAUUGUCACGCACGAAGUUGCUAUACAUACGAGACGAAGUGCUCCACCAGAAAUUGGAGCAUCAACUUCGCAUGCUACACACUCCCGUCAAGCAUCACUCUCAUCUUGCUCUAAUUCUGCCGGUGCAUUGGGUUCUCCUAAACCUGAAAAGCGUCAAGCAAAUUCACCACUUCCGCCUCCGCCAAGCACACACGACAUCAAACAUCAUCGAAUCAAUAGCGCUAGUGAUCUACACUUCAACCACGACAAGCUACGACGUAGUCUUAACGAGAAACACCAACGCAACAACAGCUGCGUCAGCUCUUCCGAUUUUUACGGGUGCAACUAUCCCGUAGAGAAACAUCGCUUUAGCUCCGGUGACCUCAUACGACCGCUCGUUGCUAAAGAACUCAACUUCGACAUAGACCAGAAAGACGGUGCCACAGAUAACCUAUACAACUCCAUCGAGGGACCAAACUUUAGCGAUUACUCAUCUGCGGACGCCAACACUAGUAUUAACUCCGAAAGAGCCACCGAAAGCCCAUCUCGUAACGUAGAAGAAAUGUACGCGAAAGUUAUGAAGAAGAAGGCAAAAGAAGAAAGUACGAAAAGCAUGGAACCGAGCGAUGAUAAAGCACUAAAGUUCCGCGGAGACGAUCCUGGAUACGAAACGAUAGAUAGGAAACAUUCUGUCAACCAUGGCUAUGAAACGAUAUCGAGGAAGGAACGAAAGAGCUCAAACCAAGACCCAGGUUAUGAAACCGUUAAAGAUAUGCAGCACGUUGGACAUACAUCCAGUUUUGCCAACAAUAACCUCUUAAAAGUGAAUCACUUAGUGUCUGACAGCGGGCCUAAUAGUAUAAUUAGUAGUGACCCCGGGUAUGAAUUAAUUUCUAAAGUGGACCACAACGCCUCUGACUCGGAUCCUAACUACGAAGUGUUGAGGAAUAACCCGCCGACCCCGCCAUACGCCACAAUAGCGUCUAACUAUAAAGUACAACCGACGUAUUCCACUGUGAACAAACGUUCCGGAAAAUAUACAAGUUUACCGAACAAUAAUGACGAACCAAGCGUCGAACCGAACUACGAAUCAAUGACUAACGACCCAAUAUAUACAACGGGCAGUGAAUCUGACCCAAACUACGAAUCUGUUAGGCCUAAGGAACCCAACUACGAGAGUGUGAACGCCCAAGAUCCAAACUAUGAAUCCUUAAGGUGUAAAGAUCCGAAAUACGAAUCAGUUCGUUCCAAAAACUCCCGAUACGACUCGGUACGAUCUAAGAACGAUCCAAAUUAUGAGAGUGUGAAGUAUUUCGAGCUAUCUAAGAGAGAACCGCCCUAUGAGAAAGUGAAUAAUGUUGGAGAGAAUUCACUGGACAGAUCGGAUUCCUCAGCUGGUUAUGAAAGAAUCAAUAUAUCUAACAAGAGGGAGCCGAAGAACAGUAUUAACAAUGGUGCAGAUUGCACAGUCAGUGAUUACUUCCAAGUCUAA